UUGUUGCCGCGCUCUCAGAGGGCGCUUCCGCUUCCGCUCUGGCCAUGCUGAGGUGCCGGUGGGCGGCAUCAGCCGUCGCUGUGCUGAGCGGCAGCGGCCGCCGCCACGUCUCCAUGGCGAAGAGCAAGUUCGAGUACGUGCGGGACUUUGAGGCGGACGAUACGUGCCUGCCCAACUGCUGGAUAGUCGUCCGGCUGGACGGCCGCAACUUCCACAGGUUUUCUGAGCAGCACGAGUUCAAAAAGCCAAAUGAUGACCGUGCUCUUCAGCUGAUGACCAAGUGUGCCCAGACAGUGAUGGAAGAAUUGGAGGAUAUUGCUAUUGCUUAUGGACAGAGUGACGAAUAUAGUUUUGUUUUCAAAAAGAAGAGUAGAUGGUUUAAAAGAAGAGCAAGCAAGUUCAUGACUCAUGUGGUCUCCCAGUUUGCCUCAAGUUACGUUUUCUAUUGGAAGGAUUACUUUAAGGACCAGCAGCUUCUGUACCCACCAGGAUUUGAUGGACGAAUUGUGUUGUAUCCAAGCAACCAAAAUUUGAAGGACUACCUCAGCUGGAGACAAGCAGAUUGCCAUAUUAAUAACCUUUAUAAUACAGUGUUUUGGAUGCUUGUACAGCGAAGUGGUUUGACACCCAUGCAAGCACAGGAGAGACUCCAGGGAACUUUGGCUGGAGAUAAGAAUGAAAUCUUAUUUUCUGAAUUCAACAUCAACUACAACAAUGAACCUUUGAUGUAUAGAAAAGGAACUGUCUUAAUAUGGCAGAAGAUUAAUGAAGUCAUGACUAAGAAAAUAAAACUGCCAAAGGACGCAGAAGAAAAGGAAGUUGAAGUGACCCGGACAAGGACUAAAGUCGUUCCCCUGCACUGUGACAUUAUUGGGGACCAGUUCUGGGAGGAAUAUCCUGAAAUUCUGGCUGAGGAUAGUUGAUGCCUCUGAGUGUAACUGACUGUAACAUGCUGCUCUGCUGGCAUUGUUGGCAAGUAUGACUGGUGGCUGGUUCACUUGAACCUGUGACCCUCUUCAGCAACUACAUUGGUUUUAGCAAUGUUGUUGCCUGAAAACAAGACACUCAUAUGUUGUCUAACAUACAAUAUAAGUUUUUCAUAUAGGCAUAUCCUUGUAUUUUGAAUGUUAAGAACCCAUCAUAAAUUAAGACUGCUCCUCCUUUCUACAUGUGUAUUUGUAGAAACAGAGUAUAGAAAUUUCAUACAUUUCUAUAGCAUUUAAACCAUGAGAUACCUUACUGAACUGCUGAGCUACAAAAAAAGCUUGUAUAUUUGAACAGUUAAAGGCAGAGGAGAAAAUAAUUCAUUUUUUGUUUUUGUUUCAACUGAUACAGACCAGAAUACUUCAAUUGGCAUUUGAUAGUAAACUCUAAUCCCAGUGUGUUCGGUCAGGUUAGUGACAAACUGAUUCUUACAGAAAGGACAUGCAGUAGCCCAGCAGUUUCCUAUGACUGAUUUUUACAAGCUUUUGUCAGAUGUACAGGAUUUUUAUGCUUUCAAAAAAUAAAUAAAAGAUCUUCCCCACUGUG